GAUAGGUAUCUGCAACGCUCCCGCGACCUUUCAGAGAGCCAUGAAUAUGGCUUUUCAUAAUUUCGUACGGAAGACUCGUUUGGCGCAGAGCAUCAUCAACUAUUGCGUGAUUGUGUACAUGGACGACAUCCUGGUGUACUCGAGUACCUACGAGGGACACGUACAGCACAUCGAGUGGGCUCUGCAUGCGUUACGAGAUGCGGGUUUCAAGGUGGCGCUUGAGAAGUGUCAGUUUUUUCUUACCGCCAUUUCCUUCCUGGGACACGUGGUAACAGACAAAGGGCUCCAACCGGAGCUGCAGAAGGUGGCAGUCGUCAGAGAUGCGCCGGUGCCUACGACUAUCACGCAAGUUCAUGCCUUUUUGGGCCUAGCCUCGUACUACCGAAGAUUUAUCAAGGGAUUCGCGGUGAUCGCGGGACCCCUCACGAAUUUGCUGCGCAAAGAUCAGUCGUUGAUCUGGACGCCGGAGUGUGAUCAAGCGUUCUCAAAACUCAAGACCGCUCUCAUUUCGGCUCCGGUCCUUAUAAGACCGGAUCCCGAAAAGCCUUUUGUUCUCAUCACUGACUGGCAGCCAGAGGCAAUUUCGGCUAUCCUUGCCCAAGUGGGACCAAGUGGACUCGAGUGUGUGGUGGAGUAUGCAUCCAAAUUGGUGCCAGCCUGCAAGCGCAACUACGCCGCUCCAACGGGAGAAUGCUAUGCGGCUCUCUGGGGAAUCAGUCACUUUAGCGCUUACCUGUACGGGCGGAAGUUCACCUCGGUAACCGAUCAUGAGCCCCUGUUGGCUCUGAAGAAAUCGAUGGAUUACUCUGGCAUGAUCGGGCGAUGGGCAACGGUGCUACAGAGCAUGGACUUUGACAUUCGUCAUCGGAAGCAGAGACACAGGAAUGCGGAUGGACUGACACGAUUGCACCGGCCUGAGAAAGUUCCGAAGAGUGAGGAGGUGAUUCUGUGGAACGAACCCCAACAGGAGGUUGGACCUCGAUACGGCCAAGUGGAUAUCUUGUCCAAGCAGGAGUCCACACGCAGUGGUAUUGGCGGAGGUAAUCGCUGUUCAUCGGCGAGCGGCUCCCGGAACGAGCCACGUCACCACGGUUGCGGCGUUCAGCAGCGAUAUCAGCUCGGUCAACCCACGGUGGCAUACCGCGAUCUUGGCUUCACUGCGAGAGUGGACGGAGUGACGUGGACGCAGACCAACGAGCAUCCUGCGUGGAUCGAAAAUUUAGAGUUGCUGAUCAUCCAAGCUUGGAGGACUAACGUCGAAGGCGAUCUUCUCGGCUUUCUCUUCGGAUCGGUACGGUCGGGCUGCCGCCAGUUGAUUGCGCAGGAGCUCAUCGCGUCGAUCGUACAAUUGGCGGACGAUCUCUUGCCCGACAUCUAUUCACAAAGCGACGACAGCCCUGCUCCAUACAUUCUCGAGCGAUCAUUGGAUCCGUACCUUCAGUGGACUGCGUGCUUAGAGGAGCCCAGGGACGAAGAUACUCUACCAUCACGGCAGGAGUAUCUGAAGCCGUACGACAUCAUCCCUCACGCCUUUUAUCCGAAGGCGGAGGAAGUGGUGAUCGACGACGACGACGAAGAAGACGACAACGAGGAAACGUCGGAGGAGGGAAGGUAUAGCGAGUAUAGCGAGGGCGAGCUGAGUGAAGAAGAAGAAGAAGAGGAGGGAGAAGAAACCGGAUCUGAGUGGGAAGCCUUGCCGGAGAAAGCGGCGCGCACGGGCACGGAGGCGGAAGAUCCGGAGGCAGCGCGAAGACGCGAAGAAAUUGCCACGGGGAAACGCCAGCUGAAGUUCGCCAGUGGAGCCAGCUUGCGCAUCGGUAACGAUCCGACCAGGGAUCCGGAGCCGCCGAAGCCCCAAGAUGGCGACCCAGCAGCCGCCACCUCAAGCACCGCGCAACGGAGAGGGAGCCAAUCCCCCUCCUCCUCCAGCCCAACCCGUCCCCUGGUUCGCCUACGUACCGAUGCGGGCGAUAGGCCUUCGUCCUCGGACGUUACCCCGCCGUCCCCUUGAUUUUCUCACCCUCGAACCGAUCCGCACCCCCGUCACCUUCCCCCCCCCC